AUGAAUAUUAACAGACUUAUAGCGUUAUCCAAAUCUGUUAAAUGUGGAAAGACUUUACUAACAUCUAACGUAAGAGAUGUGGCGAAAGAAGUCACCGUAACUCACCGAGCCAUCAGAACUCAUGCUAGGAAUCUUGCCUACGCCAAGGACCUGUUCCUCGGCAAAAUGAACAAAGUAAGCUGCUAGCUAGAUAUUUAUGUAUUAUGCUUUUUUAAUUCUAGAUAAUGAAUACAAUGUUGAUUAGCAAUACUGGCUAAGAAAUAUGUGAUUACUUGCUCAGUUGUUGUCAGUCAGUGCCACCCAUAACUAUCUUUUCCAUUGUUAUUGUCAGCUGUCACCUCUAGCCAGAGGCAAGCCAUUUUUAGCUUUGGACAAUGAGAAAAUCCUAAAAGCCAUUAGCUAGUUUGUCAUAAUAAUGGAUAAAUUAACUAAGUAUCUGAUUCUUUCUGUGUGUCUGUCUCUCCAGGCCGAGUGCUUCCCCUAUCCAGAGAUUGGAAAAGAAGAGCUGGAGGAGAUCAACUCGUUUGUUGCUCCGGUUGAGAAGUUCUUCACUGAGGAGGGUGAGACUGAGAGGAGAGACUGCUGUCCUUAGACAAGACUCAGAUUCCAAGUGUGCUUCUAUUCUAAGAGCCCUUCGUACUAGUGAAGUGUUUAGAGAGACUGUUGUCUUUCAGUGCUAUUCUAAGAGCCCUUGUCCAGUCAAAGCGUCUGCUAAAUGGCAUAUUAUUAUUUUAUUCUGAGAGACAUUCAAAGAGACCUUGCGUUUCAUGGAUACAGUUGAAGUCGGAAGUUUACAUGCACUUAGGUUGGAGUCAUUAAAAUUCGUUUUUCAACCACUCCACACAUUUAUUUUUAACAAACUAUAGUUUUGGCAAGUCGGUUAGGACAUCUACUUUGUGCAUGACACAAGUAAUUUUUCCAACAAUUGUUUACAGACAGAUUAUUUCACUUAGAAUUCACUGUAUCACAAUUCCAGUGGGUCAGAAGUUUACAUACGGUCGUGGUCAAAAGUUUUGAGAAUGACACAAAUACUAAUUUUCACAGUCUGCUUUCUCAGUUUUGAUGAUGGCAAUUUGCAUAUACUCCAGAAUGUCAUGAAGAGUGAUCAGAUGAAUUUGCCAUCAUCAAAACUGAGUGAGAAAUUUUGCCAUGAAAAUGAACUUAAUCCCCAAAAAACAUUUCCACUGCAUUUCAGCCCUGCCCUGAUUAUUUCGUUAACACAGUUGAGAGUGUUGACGAGGACAAGGCUGGAGAUCACUCUGUCAUGCUGAUUUGAGUUAGAAUAACAGACUGGAAGCUUUAAAAGGAGGGUGGUGCUUGAAAUCUUUGUUCUUCCUCUGUUAACCAUGGUUACCUGCAAGGAAAUGCAUGCCGUCCUCAUUGCUUUGCACAAAAAGGGCUUCACAGGCAAGGAUAUUGCUGCUAGUAAGAUUGCACCUAAAUCAACCAUUUUAUUGGAUCAUCAAGAACUUCAAGGAGAGAGGUUCAAUUGUUGUGAAGAAGGCGUCAGGGCGCCCAACAAAGUCCAGCAAGCGCCAAGACCGUCUCCUAAAGUUGAUUCAGCUGCGGGAUCGGGGCACCACUAGUGCAGAGCUUGCUCAGGAAUGGCAGCAGGCAGGUGUGAGUGCUUCUGCACGCACAGUGAGGCGAAGACUUUUGGAGGAUGGCCUGGUGUCAAGAAGGGCAGCAAAGAAGCCACUUCUCUCCAGGAAAAACAUCAGGGACAGACUGAUAUUCUGCAAAAGGUACAGGGAUUGGACUGCUGAGGACUGGGGUAAAGUCAUUUUCUCUGAUGAAUCCCCUUUCCGAUUGUUUGGGGCAUCUGGAAAACACCUUGUCUGGAGAAGACAAGGUGAGUGCUACCAUCAGUCCUGUGUCAUGCCAACAGUAAAGCAUCCUGAGACCAUUCAUGUGUGGGGUUGCUUCUCAGCCAAGGGAGUGGGCUCACUCACAAUUUUGCCUAAGAACACAGCCAUGAAUAAAGAAUGGUACCAACACAUCCUCCGAGAGCAACUUCUCCCAACCAUCCAAGAACAGUUUGGUGACCAAUGCCUUUUCCAGCAUGAUGGAGCACCUUGCCAUAAGGUAAAAGUGAUAACUAAGUGGCUCGGGGAACAAAACAUCAACAUUUUGGGUCCAUGGCCAGGAAACUCCCCAGACCUUAAUCCCAUUGAGAACUUGUGGUCGAUCCUCAAGAGGCGGGUGGACAAACAAUAACCCACAAAUUCUGACAAACUCCAAGCAUUGAUUAUGCAAGAAUGGGCUGCCAUCAGUCAGGAUGUGGCCCAGAAGUUAAUUGACAGCAUGCCAGGGCGGAUUGCAGAGGUCUUGAAAAAGAAGGGUCAACACUGCAAAUAUUGACUCUUUGCAUAAACUUAAUGUAAUUGUCAAUAAAAGCCUUUGACACUUAUGGAAUGCUUGUAAUUAUACUUCAGUAUACCAUAGUAACAUCUGACAAAAAUAUCUCAUAACACUGAAGCAGCGAACUUUGUGAAGACCAAUACUUGUGUCACUCUCAAAACUUUUGACCACGACUGUACACUAAGUUGACUGUGCCUUUUUUAAACAGCUUGGAAAAUUCCAAAAAAUGAUGUCAUGGCUUUAGAAGCUUCUGAUAGGCUAAUUGACAUCAUUUGAGUCAAUUUGGAGGUGUACCUGUGGAUGUAUUUCAAGGCCUACCUUCAAACUCAGUGCCUCUUUGCUUGACAUCAUGGGAAAAUCUUUAGAAAUCAGCCAAGACCUCAGAAAAAGAAUUGUAGACCUUAAAAUGGCUUAAGGACAACAAAGUCAAGGUAUUGGAGUGGCCAUCACAAAGCCCUGACCUCAAUCCUAUAGAAAAUGUGUGUGCAGAACUGAAAAGGCGUGUGCGAGCAAGGAGGCCUACAAACCUGACUCAGUUAUACCAGCUCUGUCAGGAGGAAUGGGCCAAAAUUCACCCAACUUAUUGUGGGAAGCUUGUGGAAGGCUACCUGAAACGUUUGACCCAAGUUAAACAAUUUAAUGGCAAUGCUACCAAAUACUAAUUGAGUGUAUGUAAACUUCUGACCCACUGGGAAUGUGAUGAAAUAAAUAAAAGCUGAAAUAAAUCAUUCUCUCUACUAUUAUUCUGACAUUUCACAUUCUUAAAAUAAAGUGGUGAUCCUAACUGACCUAAGACAGGGAAUUUUUACUAGGAUUAAAUGUCAGGAAUUGUGAAAAACUGUGUUUAAAUGUAUUUGGCUAAGGUGUAUGUAAACUUCCGACUUCAUCUGUAAGUAUUGUUGUAUUCUGAGACCUGUCCUUGUGUUUCAGUGGACUCCAAGCGUAUCGACCAUGAGGCUAAGAUUCCUCCAGAGACUCUGAACGGACUGAAGGAGCUGGGACUGUUCGGUAUCCAGGUUCCUGAGGAGUAUGGUGAGGUCACAGCCUGGACACACAUUAGACAUAUCAUUGGGAAGGUCUUCAUAGUGUAUCAGAGACCGUCUUGUUACUUCUGGAAAAACAUUGUAACAUAACAUCCUGUCUCUUCCUAGGUGGCCUGGGUCUGUCCAACACCAUGUACGCCCGACUAGGAGAGAUCAUCUCUCUGGAUGGAUCCAUAGCAGUUACACUGGCUGCCCACCAAGCCAUCGGACUCAAGGUAAAGAGUCCUGCACCGAUGGAUGUGUUGUAUAAUGUUACUGCUGUUUGUGAACCUGUGAUGUCUUGCCGUGUGUUAGGGGAUCCUGAUAGCUGGUAGUGAGGAGCAGAAGGCUAAAUAUCUUCCCAAGCUGGCUUCAGGAGAACAUGUAGCAGCCUUCUGUCUCACUGAGCCUGGCAGGUAUGUACCUACUGCAACACAGCCUUCUGUCUCACUGAGCCUGGCAGGUAUGUACCUACUGCAACACAGCCUUCUGUCUCACUGAGCCUGGCAGGUAUGUACCUACUGCAACACCGCCUUCUGUCUCACUGAGCCUGGCAGGUACCUACCUACUGCAACACAGCCUUCUGUCUCACUGAGCCUGGCAGGUAUGUACCUACUGCAACACCGCCUUCUGUCUCACUGAGCCUGGCAGGUAUUUACCUACUGCAACACAGCCUUCUGUCUCACUGAGCCUGGCAGGUAUUUACCUACUGCAACACAGCCUUCUGUCUCACUGAGCCUGGCAGGUAUUUACCUACUGCAACACAGCCUUCUGUCUCACUGAGCCUGGCAGGUAUUUACCUACUGCAACACAGCCUUCUGUCUCACUGAGCCUGGCAGGUAUUUACCUACUGCAACACAGCCUUCUGUCUCACUGAGCCUGGCAGGUACCUACCUACUGCAACACAGCCUUCUGUCCUCACUGAGCCUGGCAGGUAUUUACCUACUGCAACACAGCCUUCUGUCUCACUGAGCCUGGCAGGUAUUUUACCUACUGCAACACAGCCUUCUGUCUCACUGAGCCUGGCAGGUAUUACCUACCUGCAACACAGCCUUCUGUCUCACUGAGCCUGGCAGUACCUACCUACUGCAACACAGCCUUCUGUCCUCACUGAGCCUGGCAGGUAUUUACCUACUGCAACACAGCCUUCUGUCUCACUGAGCCUGGCAGGUAUGUACCUACUGCAACACCGCCUUCUGUCUCACUGAGCCUGGCAGGUAUUUACCUACUGCAACACAGCCUUCUGUCUCACUGAGCCUGGCAGGUAUUUACCUACUGCAACACAGCCUUCUGUCUCACUGAGCCUGGCAGGUAUUUACCUACUGCAACACAGCCUUCUGUCUCACUGAGCCUGGCAGGUAUGUACCUACUGCAACACAGCCUUCUGUCUCACUGAGCCUGGCAGGUAUUUACCUACUGCAACACAGCCUUCUGUCUCACUGAGCCUGGCAGGUAUGUACCUACUGCAACACAGCCUUCUGUCUCACUGAGCCUGGCAGGUACCUACCUACUGCAACACAGCCUUCUGUCUCACUGAGCCUGGCAGGUACCUACCUACUGCAACACAGCCUUCUGUCUCACUGAGCCUGGCAGGUAUUUACCUACUGCAACACAGCCUUCUGUCUCACUGAGCCUGGCAGGUACCUACCUACUGCAACACAGCCUGCUGAAAUCUUACCAUGCUGAACCAACUCUGGAUGACACCAUUCUGCUUUUCGACCAGUCACAUAUCAUCUGGAUCUGCAUGCCGUAAAGCUGGUUUUUUAGCUGCUGUAAAGCUUUCCAGCUCUUGUAAUACCAGCAAAUGACAGAACUGUGGUUGUGUAUUUUAAAAUCUUGGUUUUGUCAUGUUCUCUGAAUCUGACAGUGUUUCACGUGGAUCUUGUGUGUUUCAGUGGGAGUGAUGCUGCGUCCAUUCAGACCAAAGCCACCCUAUCAGAGGACAGGAAAACAUACCUGCUCAACGGGUCAAAGGUGAGACACAUUAUCCUUCUACCUGUGUUUUGCCUGUCAGUCAUGUUAGCUAACUGCUGUUAGUGCUACGAUGAUUAGAUGGAAAGGACAGGUGUGUGUCUGAAAGUCAGUAACUAAGUAGUGUUUCUGUAUCUUCUGCCAGAUCUGGAUCUCCAACGGGGGGUUUGCAGACCUGAUGACGGUGUUUGCUCGUACUGAGGUGGUGGGGGAGGAUGGAGUGAAGAAAGAUAAGAUCAGUGCCUUCAUCGUAGAGCGAGCCUUUGGAGGGAUCACCAGCGGGAAGCCAGAAGACAAACUAGGCAUUAGGGGGUCUAACAGUAAGAACACAUCUAUACCUACUGUUGCUGUUGGAGUUAACUACAGUACUUCUGUUGAUGUUAGCCUAGCCUAGUGGCGUUAACUACAGUACUUCUGUUGAUGUUAGCUUAGCCUAGUGGAGUUAACUACAGUACUUCUGUUGAUGCUAGCUUAGCCUAGUGGAACUACCCUUUGAUGUUAGCUUAGCCUAUGGAAUUAACUACAGUACUUCUGUUGAUGUUAGCUUAGCCUAGUGGAAUUAACUACAGUACUUCUGUUGAUGUUAGCUUAGCCUAGUGGAAUUAACUACAGUACUUCUGUUGAUGUUAGCCUAGUGGAAUUAACUACAGUACUUCUGUUGAUGUUAGCUUAGCCUAGUGGAAUUAACUACAGUACUUCUGUUGAUGUUAGCUUAGCCUAGUGGAAUUAACUACAGUACUUCUGUUGAUGUUAGCUUAGCCUAGUGGAAUUAACUACAGUACUUCUGUUGAUGUUAGCUUAGCCUAGUGGAAUUAACUACAGUACUUCUGUUGAUGCUAGCUUAGCCUAGUGGAAUUAACUACAGUACUUCUGUUGAUGUUAGCUUAGCCUAGUGGAAUUAACUACAGUACUUCUGUUGAUGCUAGCUUAGCCUAGUGGAAUUAACUACAGUACUUCUGUUGAUGUUAGCUUAGCCUAGUGGAAUUAACUACAGUACUUCUGUUGAUGUUAGCUUAGCCUAGUGGAAUUAACUACAGUACUUCUGUUGAUGUUAGCCUAGCCUAGUGGCGUUAACUACAGUACUUCUGUUGAUGUUAGCCUAGUGGAAUUAACUACAGUACUUCUGUUGAUGUUAGCUUAGCCUAGUGGAAUUAACUACAGUACUUCUGUUGAUGCUAGCUUAGCCUAGUGGAAUUAACUACAGUACUUCUGUUGAUGUUAGCUUAGCCUAGUGGAAUUAACUACAGUACUUCUGUUGAUGUUAGCUUAGCCUAGUGGAAUUAACUACAGUACUUCUGUUGAUGUUAGCUUAGCCUAGUGGAAUUAACUACAGUACUUCUGUUGAUGUUAGCUUAGCCUAGUGGAAUUAACUACAGUACUUCUGUUGAUGUUAGCCUAGUGGAAUUAACUACAGUACUUUGUUGAUGUUAGCUUAGCCUAGUGGAAUUAACUACAGUACUUCUGUUGAUGUUAGCCUAGUGGAAUUAACUACAGUACUUCUGUUGAUGCUAGCUUAGCCUAGUGGAAUUAACUACAGUACUUCUGUUGAUGUUAGCUUAGCCUAGUGGAAUUAACUACAGUACUUCUGUUGAUGUUAGCCUAGUGGAAUUAACUACAGUACUUUUGUUGAUGUUAGCUUAGCCUAGUGGAAUUAACUACAGUACUUCUGUUGAUGUUAGCCUAGUGGAAUUAACUACAGUACUUCUGUUGAUGUUAGCUUAGCCUAGUGGAAUUAACUACAGUACUUCUGUUGAUGUUAGCCUAGUGGAAUUAACUACAGUACUUCUGUUGAUGUUAGCUUAGCCUAGUGGAAUUAACUACAGUACUUCUGUUGAUGUUAGCUUAGCCUAGUGGAAUUAACUACAGUACUUCUGUUGAUGUUAGCCUAGUGGAAUUAACUACAGUACUUCUGUUGAUGUUAGCUUAGCCUAGUGGAAUUAACUACAGUACUUCUGUUGAUGUUAGCCUAGUGGAAUUAACUACAGUACUUCUGUUGAUGUUAACACAAUUUUUUCCAACAGUUUACUAAGGGUUGGUAACAGGCUGAUUGGUCGGCUAUUUGAGCCAGUAAAGGGGGCUUUACUAUUCUUAGGUAGCGGAAUGACUUUUGCUUCCCUCCAGGCCUGAGGGCACACACUUUCUAGUA